UCGGCCAUGUUGUGGUUUUGAAUGAGGAAGAAGCGGGAGAGAUUAUCGUUUCUGUUUCUUUGCAGCAUUUUUUUCUAAUUCAGAUUGUUUUGAGAGGGAUAUCAUGAGGUGAGAACCCAGAGGAAUGUAGUCGAAGACAAAAAUACAGGUAGAAAGUUCAGUAAAACCAAGUCAAAUAACCGUUAGCAUAAAGAUAAUUUCUGGGGACCUCAUCGUUGUGUUCGCCUAGCUCAGCGAUAGCUAGCUGGGUCAGCCUGCUAGCCAGCCUUAGUUAGCUUAGCCUAGCUAAACUACCGGAGAGUCGGAAUUGAUCCCACACUCUACUUAGCGUAGCUACUCAGCUAGCUAGUUAGCUAGCCAGCUACACAGAAUUUGGUUAUGCGAAUUACGGGUAGUAGUAACGUUAGCCAGAGCUUUGGACUGCGUUGGAAGGCUAACGUUAACUAGCAUUUAUUUUAUUUGCGCCACCAACAACUUUUACACAUUUUUCAACGACGUUAAUUGGUGUUAAGCUACCCUUUGACUCCGCGAAAACAUGUUUAAUAAACUGUACGAAUGGAUUGGAACGGGGAUUGCCAGCCUCCGGAACGGAGCGCCUGCCAACGAUCAGGAAGAGGGAGUUCAGCAAGAUGGGCAGAUCAGAAGAAAGAGACCGAUAAAUUGUGUGGAAGACGGAGAGGCUGUUCUUCAAGAAGAGGCAGCGGUGAAGAAAUUCAGAAUGGGAGACUGGAUAGACACGGUGAAGAUGGCUGCCCAGGGUGUGAAGACCCAGAGCUCCAGCAUGGCCUCCUGGGUAAAGAGCAGCGUGGGCCCCUCCCUCAGCAACAUCCUGCCGGCCUCGCCUGGCCCCCCACCCCUGCCUCCCCCUCCAGAGCCCUCGCCCCGCCCUGCCACACCCUCCUGGGCUGAGUCUGAGUUCCAGGUGCUCUCUUCUGCAACCCUCAGGGAGACUUUCGUCAUGCCCUCCAGCACCCAGACAUGGAAAAGCGGCAAAUCAGCAGACGCCCUGAGGAUGGACUGCCCUGUCCCAGGCCCCCAGGCCUGCAUCCCGCAGCAGGAGGCCCCCAAAACCAACGGGCACUCUGCCACACUGCCCCUCGCCCUCGCCCUCGCCCCCAGACCCUGCCCCUCCCCCCGUCUGGGCCGGACCCUGAACCUCACCCCCCGCCGAUCCCCCAGUUCCCAGGCCUCCACCGGGGGCAGUGCAGGCAGUUUGUUCACCAGCAUGUAUGAGAAGACCUUCCCCAUCCGCGUGGUGCAGAGCCCCGCCCACUCCGGCUCGCCUCGCCCCUGGCGCCGGAGGACCCACUGCACAGCUCAGGAGUCGGUGCGGGUGGAGGAGAAGGAGGUGUACAGGCAGCUGUUGGUCAUGGUAUCAGAGGGUCAGUCAGCCCUGUUCCAGGACGGGACGUCCUGCCCUGGCCUGCGCUCCCACAGGGACCUUACCAGUUUCCUGAUCUCCAGUAGGAGGCUCCAGAGCUCUCUCCCCAGCGCAUCCUCCGAGGGCCCCAGCGCUCCCCCCAGCCCGCGGCCCGUCUCCAGCCUGGGCUCCACCCCACUCCCCAGCCCCAGAGCCGGGUCGGACGGGGCCGACACCCCCCUGUGCAGCCCCCGCCCCACGGUCACGCCCGCCCCGCCACCCGAGCCCGUCUCCAGCCCCGCCCUGCAGGGAGACUCCUCCCAAAGCGCCCUGUCCUCAGUUCCAGAUGGGGACUCUGUGAUCUUUGUGAAGGAGCAGCAGGGGAAGAGCCCAGAUGCCUCAGGGGUUCCAUGUUUCCAUGUUGAGCUGUGGAUCAAAGAACUGACCAGUCUGUAUGACUCUCGGGCUCGUGAGAGACGGAGGCUGAUCGAGGAGCAGGAGGCUCUGACCACCCGACUGCUCCGACAGCGGCUCUCUGAGGAAGGCCAGGUGGGUCAGGGCAGUGUAGAGCUGCGGGUUCGAGUCCCUCUGGAGAAGGAGGUUCCCUUGGCGCCCGUCGUCGAGGAGCCCAAAGCCGUUACAGAAGAGCCUGAGUUCCCCGAGCUCACAGAGGCCAUGCAGCUACAGGUGAGCCAGGCUCUGAAGGCGGGCAGUCAGGAUGAGGUGCUCAGUGAGGGCUUCAGACUCACCAUCACUCGCAAGGACAUCCAGACCCUCAACAACCUCAACUGGCUCAAUGAUGAGGUGAUAAACUUCUACAUGAACCUGCUGGUGGAGCGUAGCCGCAGCCCCGCCUUGCCGUCCGUCUACACCUUCAACACCUUCUUCUACACCAAGCUGCGCAGUGCCGGAUACUCUACCGUCCGCCGCUGGACCAAGAGGGUGGACAUCUUCACCUCCGACAUCCUGCUGGUGCCUGUCCAUCUGGGCGUGCACUGGUGCCUGUCUGUGGUGGACCUCAGGAAGAAGAGCGUCAUGUACUUUGAUUCUAUGGGGGGCAGCAGUGACGAGGCCUGCAGGAUCCUGCUGAAGUACUUGGAACAGGAAAGUCAGGAUAAAAAAGGCGUUGCGCUGGACACCUCAGACUGGGUCCUUCAAAGCAUGAAGCGAAAUGAGAUCCCGCAGCAGAUGAACGGCAGCGACUGCGGAAUGUUCACAUGCAAAUAUGCAGAAUACAUCACCAAAGACCGGCCAAUCACGUUCGCACAGAAACACAUGCCCUAUUUCCGGAGGCGCAUGGUGUGGGAGAUCCUCAAUCGGAAACUCUUGUGAACGUUCCAAGAGCAGGCGCGGAACGGAAGCCAAUCGGUUAGCGGACAUCGGAAUGAGGAGCCCUGCCCCUCGUUCCUGCCCCGCCUCCUCACUGAUAAACCUGCGCCCCUCAGCCAAUCCCCUCUUGGCAGGGAGGGGUUUGGACUGAUGAAGUCUUAACAUCAGUGCCCUCUUAACAUCGACCCCUCCCAUCACAGCCCACACCCCUUCUCUGGAGAUCCCAGACACUGCCAGUUUAGACUGGGCCCACUCGGUCUGUCUGACUCCUCCCACUCUAUGCAGCAACUUAACCUCUCCCCCCCCCAUUCGUACUUGAAUCACGUACUUGGGGCCACAACUAUAAACGUUUUUUUUUUUUUGUGGAAAACAAGGCAAACUGUGCUGGAAGCGUUACACGUUACAGCCUGUAAUCCAGGCCACGUUUUUGAUUGGCCUUCCUCGUGCGGGUUUUACGUCGUCGGCACCUCCAGCCCCGUGCGUCCCCUCGCGCCGGCGUAGCUUAGCCGUUAGCGUCGGCCGUUAGCGUGGGCCGUUAGCGUGGGCCAGUCACCUCGGACGUCUCAAACCGCUACUCUCAGGAUCAGAAACCCGUCGCCAGCAGUUAGCUCGGUUGAUUCCGAGCCCUUAAAUUGAAAAUAAAUUGUAAUUUAUUAGAAAUUUGUAGAAGGACGACAUGUAUGUAUUUUUUUAUAGUGUUGCGGCCAGGACGGUCCGCCCGCGGGAAGCAGCAGGUACAUCCUUGUUCUUUCUUAUUUCGGAAGUGGAUUUUGUUCCGUUAGGGUAAAGUUCUCACUCUUUGCUGUUGGUUCUGAAGAGUGGGGGCGUCUUGCUGCUCCUCUGUGCUCUGCAGUGGCACCUGGACUCUAAUGUAUGAUGUAUUUGAGGAUCGGAUUUGACCUUGACCCGUUUGCAUCACCGUCUCCUGCUCCAUUUCAAGGGCAAGAGGGAGGGCUGAAGAUUAAAUGUUUAUUUUAUUGUCGCAUCUAAGCCCUUUUUGAUUGUUUCUAGAAGUUUUCGUGCAGGAUUAUUUGAAACUUUUGUAUAUAUAUAUAUAUAAAUACAUAUACGUACGAUUUAAGUACAACAUUUCUUGGAAGACCUGUAUUUAAUAUACAUUUUGUAUCUUUUAUUACCCAUUUUUUAAAUCUAGUUUAAAAAAAAAAAAGUCCUUUGUGGAAAUAAAUUCCUUCAGAAGUUG